AUGGCACCUCUCAUUAGCGAAGGUCGACGUCGCUCAGGCUCGCUGAAGCGACCGGUCGCACCGCAGCAUUAUGCACCCACCACCUCGAUACCCUCACCGCCAAGACCAUCCGACGUCUUUGACUAUUUUCCAUCGAGCUCCUCGGCCCAUCUUCUCAUGGAUGACCACGACCAUAAUCAAGCCGGUCCAUCACGACCAAAAGCACUUGCAUCGAGCAUCCCUCAUCGACCUGUUCUCUCCCGUCGAAGGACGUCCAAAAAGGAAUACGUCCAUCCCUACCUCUCUGGCAACUUUGCUCCUGUCACUAUCGAAUGCCCGUUAACAGACUGUCUGUUCGAGGGAACAAUACCAGAGGAGUUCGCAGGCAGCCAAUAUGUUCGAAACGGAGGCAACCCUCUCGCCAACUCGGAACUCGAUCGUGAUGCACAUUGGUUUGACGCAGAUGGCAUGCUUGCAGGUGUCCUCUUCCGACGUACACCGCAAGGCACCAUUCAACCAUGCUUCUUGAACCGCUUUAUUCUCACCGAUCUCUUGCUCUCGACACCUGAGCACUCACGGCUGCCCUACGUGCCCAGCAUUGCAACCUUAGUCAACCCACACACUUCGGUCUUUUGGCUCAUGUUCGAGAUCAUCCGUACCUUUGUUCUCACCAUGCUUACAUGGCUACCAGGCCUGGGUCUCAAGAGUGAUCAGAAGCUGCGACGCAUCAGCGUAGCCAACACCAGCGUCUUCUGGCACGACGGAAAGGCAAUGGCUGGAUGUGAGAGCGGACCGCCCAUGCGGAUCAUGCUUCCUGGUCUCGAGACCGCUGGGUGGUACACAGGAGAGGAUGAAGAAGAGGACACCAACCCGUCACAGGAAGGCAAAGCAGCUCGCAAGAGCAAGUCAAAGGGAUUUGGAGGCGGUCCGCCCAUCAUCGGCAUGCUUCGCGAAUUCACCACGGCUCACCCAAAGAUCGACCCUCGCACUCAAGAGCUGUUGCUCUACCACAUGUGCUUCGAACCCUCCUACCUUCGCGUCAGUGUUAUCCCUCCCGCCAAGUCUCAACAAGCAUCACUACCAUCGCGUUCCAAAACGCUCAAAGGCAAGCCUGUUCGCGGACUCAAGCAGCCCAAGAUGAUGCACGACUUCGGCGCAACAUCAACACACACCAUUAUCAUCGAUGUCCCGCUUUCGCUCGACAUGAUGAACCUGGUACGCGGCAAGCCUAUCCUUCACUAUGACCCGACACAGAUGAGCCGCUUUGGCGUCAUGCCUCGCUACGAGCCGGAGCGCGUUCGAUGGUUUGAAAGCUUCGAGGCUUGUUGUAUCUACCACACGGCGAACAGUUGGGAUGACGAUGGCAAAUUCGCCACGUCCGAGAACCUCACCGAAGCAACCCGUGGAGUCAACAUGUUAGGAUGCCGUCUCAACAGCGCCACGCUGGUCUACUCGGCAGGCAACUUGCUUCCACCUUCGCAUGCUCUCCCGCCACCCAACUGCCCCGAGAAGUGUCAGCUCUACUACUGGCGAUUUGACCUGCAAGACUCGGAGAGUAACAGCAUCAGCCAUGAAUUCUCUCUCUCCGAUGUGCCAUUUGAAUUCCCUACCAUUAACGAGGAAUACUCGAUGCAGCAGGCUCGCUAUGUCUAUGGUACAAGCAUGCGCGAUGGCACCUUCGAUGCAGGAUUGGGCAAAGCAGCAAAGAUCGACGCACUGGUCAAGGUGGAUGCAGAGACACUCAUUUGCAAGGGUAAAGCAAUGUGGAGUCAAGGUCGACUGAAGGCAAGCGACAGUGUUGAUACCAGGACGGUGGAGGAGAUCUUGACGGCUCAGCGCGAGGGUGUUGUUUCACCCGAUGAUCCGAUCAAGAUCUUUGAGAUGCCAAGAGGAUGGUACGCUCAAGAGACAACUUUCGUGCCACGUCGUGGAGAAGCGACGCGGUACGAAGACGACGGUUGGCUCGUAUGCUAUGUCUUUGACGAGGCCACCGGAUUGCAACCCUCCACCGGUGACGUGCUUCCUGGCGCAUCUAGCGAGCUUUGGAUCAUCGACGCCAAGGAGAUGCGAGACGUUGUCUGCCGUGUCAAGCUACCUCAGCGAGUACCGUAUGGUUUGCACGGAACCCUCUUUACGGAAGAGCAGAUCGCUUCGCAGAAGCCGAUCGAUCCUAAGCAGGUUCGUAGCUGGGCAUCUUCAGUCAACGAUGCCGAUCCUUUCUCGUUAACUUCGUUGGGCUCAGCUUCUUACAUUGCUUCUGGAAAGGCAGCAACGAGCAAGUUCAAGAAUGGCAAGGCUGUCUAUGCUGCCUUUUUGAAGGAUCCUAUCCGUAUCGGUGCUUGGUGGAUCAAGCGCAACAUCGAGCUUCUCAUUGCUUAG